AUGGCUCUGGGCACAGUGGUGACUGUGCUGGCUCUGCCACAGCUGGGGAACCCAGCACACCAGGGCACCAACGGGAGCAUGUGGACUGGCAUUCCGGAGAGGCAGGUGGCCUUGGCAGCAGAGAUGGCCCUGAGCCACCGCGCGCCCCGUGAGGUGCUGAGUGAGGCUGAACUGGAGGAGGUGGCACGGAGGAAACCUCCCACGAAGCCCUCUUUGCGUGGCUGUCUCCACAAGACCAGAUGCUCGGGCUCUGCUGCCAAGUCCCUGCUGUUCCGCUUCCUGCCCUUCCUGCGCUGGCUGCCCCGCUACCCCAUCAAGGACUGGCUCCUGGGGGACAUUGUUUCAGGCUUCAGUGUGGGCAUCAUGCACCUGCCCCAGGGGCUUGCCUAUGCACUGCUGGCUGGGCUGCCGCCAGUCACGGGUCUCUACUCCUCCUUUUAUCCCGUCUUCCUCUACUUCUUCUUCGGAACGUCAAGGCACAACUCCGUGGGUCCCUUUGCCGUCAUCUCUGUCAUGAUUGGGAGCUUGACAGAAUCCCUGAUGCCCAGCGAGGACUUCCUGGAGUCCGUCAAUGGCAGCAAUGCAACGGUCAAUGAGGAAUUGCGCGACGCUCGCAGGGUGGAGCUGGUGGCCACCAUCACUGUCCUGACGGGUAUCUUCCAGGUGCUCCUGGGGCUCCUGCAGUUUGGAUUUGUGGUGACCUACCUCUCAGACCCACUGGUGCGUGGCUACACCACUGCUGCCUCUGUGCACGUGCUCGUCUCCCAGCUCAAAAAUGUUUUUGGAGUCUCCCAAAGCGAGCACUCGGGGCCGCUCUCGCUGUUUGUGACUGUCAUCGAUCUCUGCAAGAAGCUGCCAGACACCAAUGUGGGCACCCUGGUGACUUCCAUCAUUGCCAUGGUGGCCAUCUUGAUUGUGAAGGAGCUCAACCACAAGUUUGCUGCCAAAUUGCCCAUGCCCAUCCCCAUCGAGCUUAUUACGAUCAUCGUUUCCACCGGCAUCUCCUAUGGGGUCAACCUGAAAGAAAAGUUUGGCAUCUCUGUGGUGGGCAACAUCCCCAGCGGGCUGAAGCCACCUGUGGUCCCUAACAUGAGCUACUUUGGGCAGGUGGUGGGCAAUGCCUUUGCCAUUGCUGUGGUAGGCUACGCCAUCUGCAUCUCCCUGGGCAAAAUCUUUGCCCUGAAACAUGGCUACAAAGUGGACAGCAACCAGGAGCUGAUUGCACUGGGCCUCUGCAACUUCCUAGGAGGCUUCUUCCAGUGUUUUGCCAUCAGCUGCUCCAUGUCGAGGAGCCUGGUACAGGAGAGCACAGGGGGCAACAGCCAGGUAGCUGGUGUCAUCGCAUCCCUGGUCAUCCUGGUGACCAUUGUGAAGAUUGGAGAACUCUUCCGGGACCUGCCCAAGGCCAUCUUAGCUGCCAUCAUCAUUGUCAACCUCAAGGGCAUGUUCAAGCAGUUCAAGGACCUCAGCACUCUCUGGAAGUCCAACAAGGUGGACCUGCUGGUCUGGGUUGUGACAUUCAUAGCCACCCUCCUGCUGAACUUGGACAUCGGCCUGGCGGCCUCGGUGGCAUUUGGGUUGCUCACGGUCAUCUUCCGUACCCAGCUCCCGCACUACUCCAUCCUGGGGCGCAUCUCUGACACCGAUGUCUACAGGGAUGUGGUGGAAUACGAGAUGGCACAGGAGGUCCCUGGCGUGAAGAUUUUCCGCUCUUCCUCAACCAUCUAUUUUGCCAACGUGGAGCUGUAUGCCGAGGCCCUGAAGAAAAAGAGCGGCAUUGAUGUGGACCGCCUGAUUGAGAAGAAGAAGAAGGCCCUCAAGAAGCUGAAGAAACAGCAGAAGAAACUGGAGAAGGAAAAGGCAAAGAAGAAAAAGAAUGCAGGGGACGGUCCAGGCCUGGCAGUGAUUGAGUUGAGUGCAGGAGAGAGCAGUGCACCCUCAGAGCCCACCCUGCGCAGCCUAGGGCUGCCCCAGCCCAGCUUCUCCGCUGUUAUCUUGGACUUCAGCCCCGUCAGCUUUGUGGACACCGUCUCCAUCAAGAUCCUGAAGAAUAUCUUCAGGGAUUUCCGUGAGAUAGAAGUGGAUGUCUUCAUUGCCAGCUGUCCGGUAUCUGUCCUGGCCCAGCUGGAGCAGGGCAACUUCUUCAGUUCAACCAUCACCAAGCACUCCUUCUUCCCCUCGGUGCAUGAUGCCGUGGUGCACAUCAGCAGGGAGCGGCACCAGGCCUCGGUGGACCACAGCACCAGGAUGUAG